CCUUCUCAUCAACACCUUCUGAAUUCAUCAACAUGGCUUCUUCUCCUAGAUUCUUUCUUCUUCUUCUUCUUCUUGUUCUUGGUGUUUUUGGUGUUCUUCUUUCCACUUCCAGUGCCCGGAAAUUGACUUCGGAACAGUCUUUUCGUGACGAAAAGACGUUCUAUAAUGGUGGCGGCCUUGGAGGCGGAGGUGGCAGUGGAUUCGGUGGUGGUGGCGGAUUAGGCGGCGGUGCUGGCGGUGGUGCUGGUGCUGGUGCUGGUGGAGGGUUAGGAGGUGGUUCUGGAUUGGGAGGUGGAGGAGGGUUUGGUGGAGGUGGUGGUGCUGGUGGAGGUGGUGGAUUAGGAGGUGGAUCAGGGUUUGGAGGAGGAGCCGGUAGUGGUUUUGGUGGUGGGGCCGGGCUUGGCGGAGGAGCAGGUGGUGGUGGAGGGUUUGGUGGUGGUGGUGGUGGUGGUGCUGGAGGUGGGCUUGGUGGUGGGUCUGGUGGAGGAUUUGGUGGUGGUUCAGGUGGUGGUUUUGGUGGUGGAUUGCCUUGAGUGCAUGCAUGCAUAGGUAUAACUACUACAAUGUGCAUUGCAUAGUAGUGAGUUGAUUGCUACUAAAAUAUUCUAUAUUCUAUAUAUAUUGUUUAUGUUGCAAUGUAAUGUAAUGUAACACAAGAAUGUUGUUUUUAUUAUAAUUAUUUAUGAUUAAUAAUGUAUCAAAUUAAAUGGGUUGUAUAUUGAAAAACUAUACAUAAAUGCAUUCAAGCUAACCAUA